AUAUUUUGAUUGGGCAUUAGGAUACGAGAUUGGCUUUAAUUCUUUUUCUGAUAUCUGCAGAAUCACAUAGACCCAAAACGAAAUUGUAGAGUUUUAAAAUCGAAUUGUUUGCGAAUCUUUCAUUUUCUAACAAAUUCUCUAACAGACUAAUUUUCUAAAAUCUUCAUGGCAACAAUUUGAACAAUAGUCUCUUCGAAUGAUACGUUCAGAACAAAUCUUAAAAUCGUCAAGAUCAUUGAAUGGGAUUCGUGAGCAUUAUUCUUAUUCAAACUCAACUUGUAUCAGAAAUCAGGAUCUCAUUGAAAAUUGAAGGUUGGUUAAAUGAAAUUUAAUUAAUAUGUGACAGUGUACGCCUUUUAUGUGCCCCUUGGGCUUUGUUUUUGGGCAUAGGUUGCACGGUUGUGGAGUUUGUGUUUAUCGAAGCAGUACUCGACUAAGCAUUAAUUACAUUGUGUCUUUUAUACGGCUAAAGGAACAAACGUGCAAGUGGGCAUUGGCCUUGGGUAUAUAAACUUUGUGUUGACAUAGCUCUUCCUUUCUAGCACGUUGCAAGACAACCUAAAGUUGGACUUCGAGAGGAAAGGUUUUCCUUUGCGACCCUGUCCACCCAACCUAUAUCUAGGUAUUUUCAAGUUAUUACAGGCAUGUUAACUUCUCUUUCUUUUUUUCGUGCAUUAGUUAAUGGCCGUGUGACUUGCAACUUUUGCAUGAACAAGGUGUUGCUAGUUGGCGGAAGGAAGCCAUUGUUUCUUCUUCUCAACCCCAUCAAAAACGGUUGGGUUUUUAUUUAUGGCCGUCUUUGCGAUUGGCGCACCGACAGCCCAAAAAUAAAUGGUCCAAAUGAUGAGAGAACGACAACUUCAGUCUUAUGAUUGUCAAUGGUAAAAUAUUCUGAAGACCAUCUCACCCUUAUUUGCUAACCAGUUUUUGUUUGGUAACCUGGAAUAAAUAUCAAAGGUAACAUAUCUAUCUAAACACAAAUUUUCUUAUUUUUUCAAUCCACUGUCGGGAAGAAUAGCAAACUCUAAUGAGAUACGUCAUGAAUUCGUUGUCAUCAGCCAUUAAAUGAACUUGAGAGAGGAAAAUAUGCAUUUGUAGCAAUGCUGAUCCUAAGAUCAGGAGUAAUGAUCUAUUUGCCGGUAACUGUCACUGAAUCCACAGCAGGUUGCAGACAUUGCUAUCGAAGUAGUUGUUGUUGUUAAUAUAUUGGCUAGCAACCUGUCUAUUCAAACCUACCUGUGAAUUUCUCCAUAAACCGUUUUAUCUAGCUGUUCAUUACAUAGUGAUCCAGAGAAUAUUUGAUUUGUUUGUGAGCAAUUUUUUUAUCGGACGCUCUGUAUCAGAAAUCUUAUUUCUUGAGGAACACCACAUGAAAUGGGAACAACGUCACAUAGCACAAAAAGUCAAAAAUAGAACAAGGAUAAACACUAAAAAGGCGAAUCAGAAUGGAAAGGCUUGGAAAAUGUGAAAUCUUUCCUCUCUUGUUGUUGCUGUUGUCGCUUUUAUCAUCUGGUAGUGGUAAAUUAUUUCAACUGGAGCUUCUUGAAAGGACGCCGGUAUGCGAGGUUGAAGACCGUUUUCUCUCAGUUGCAAUGAGUAUGAACGUAGCCAAGAAUGGUUUCAAAAGAAUUGAUUAUUCAUCAGAGAAAUUACGCACAUUGUUAAGGGCCCUGAAACCAGCCUACUUCCGUCUCGGGGGUAGUGCAUCGAACUUUCUGUUUUUCAAAGUAGGAUCAACUAAACCUUCAACACCACCGACCUUCCCAGAUCAAAAAGCAACUGCAGAUCAGUUCCAACUUAACAAACCAACACCACCAACAGUUACAAAUGCGCCUGUCACUACCAAUGUGUUGCCGACUGGCGUACCGGACACAGCAAAGCCCUCCUCUAAUGGUGCUUCCAACAACGGCCCAUUAAAACCGACAGCAUUCACACCAAGGAUCCCCGAAAAGCCAACUCCUAAACCAGGUAAUGACGCACAAGAUCCACAGUCUCAAAAUGACCCCACAGGUAAUGGACUGAAUCAAGGAACAAUGGAUCAAUCCAAUGGGAAUCAAAAUCAAGACCAAGGUGCCAUGGGGCAGGGGCAACCACCAAUGCAACCGACAUUGAAACCUCCCAAUUCUAAGCAGCCAUCAAAUAACAAGGAAAAUAACCAACAGGAACCAGAUAACGGCUAUAUCUCUUUAAACUUAAAUGGAAAUGACCCAGAAAAUCCAAGCGAUGCUCUAGAUGAAUACAUGAAUGAUGGUAAAAGUGGAUUGGAACUGAAGAACCAAAUCGCUUCGAUGCAAUCUGGCUCUGGAUCAGGAGACAGCCAACAGGGUUCUGGUGAUGGGUCAGAGGCACCAAUUUCAUUUGAUACUGAAACUGACAGCGAGAUAAACAAACGAUUUAUGAUAAACAAAGCUUAUCCAACGCAGCCCUUCUGGUUGAUGUCAGACGAUUUUGAUAAGUUUUACAACUUCAUUAAAGAGGCUGGUCUGGAUUUAGUAUUUAAUCUUGGUGACUUUGUACGUUAUGAUAACGGGUCUUGGAAUGCAACAAACGCUCUAGAAAUGUUCCAUCAUGUUGCUUAUAGGGGCUAUAAACUAGGCUGGCAGCUCGGCAAUGAUCCAGAUAGGUACAAAAAGUAUGGACCUGAUAGGGUAAUCAAUGCCACGCAAGCUGGAAAUGACACUGUGCAACUUCGCAAAAUCUUGAGAGGCAACAAUAACUUUGGCACGCUGCUUAUUGGACCGGACAUCACCUUUUCAAGGAAAGGAAAUGCUGCUGGAAAAUAUCUACGGGAAUAUCUUAAAACCAAUGCAAGCUACGAAUUAAGCGCAAUAUCGUGGCAUCAGUACUACGUCAAUGGCCGUAAGGCAAUCGAAGAUGAUUUGGCUGACCCUGAUGUCCUAGAUAAAUUCAAAGAACAGGUUCAAAAUGUUAGAAGCGUUUUACAGAAAUUGAAAAUUGACAAGCCUCUUUGGCUGACAGAGACUGGAAGUGCCUCCAGCGGAGGAGCACCAGGACUCUCCGAUACAUUUCUCGCGUCAUUUAUGUACCUCGACAAACUCGGUGUUGCUGGAGUGUAUUGCAAUUCUGUUGUAGCCAGGCAAAGCAUUUUAAAAGGAGGCUAUGCGCUGCUUAGCGACGAUUAUAGCCCACGGCCAGAUUACUGGCUGGCAUUGCUUCAUAAACGCCUUGUUGGUAAGCGGGUUUUGCUUGUUUCAGGAGACAAUAAACGCCUACGGGCGUAUGCACAUUGCACACGAAAUUCAACAGCGUACAAAGCCGGGUCUGUUACGGUGUUUGUGCUAAAUCUCAGGAAAAAACCAGCUAGAAUCGAAUUUGGGGACGAUUUGAAAGACAAGUAUGUCGAUCAAUUUUUGGUGACGUCUUCAGAUGGCAGCUUAACGUCAAAAAGCGUUAUGCUUAACAGCGAGGUUCUUGAAAUGCGCUCCAACACAACGAUUCCGAACUUCCAGGCAUUAAAGGUAAGGCAGCCAAUGAAGAUGCCUUCAUAUUCAUAUGCCUUUUAUGUUAUCCCUGAUGCUGCAGUGAAAAGCUGCAUGUAAAUAAAGGCACGUAAGCAUGGCAUCAAUUAUAAAAUGCAUGGUGCUUCAAUUCAUUACCAAAACUCUGAUUAGUGAUGAAAUUUCCAUAAAUGACGUUUUUAAAUUCACUCGCUGCCGUUUCAAAUAAGCACACAAUGUCUGUAUACAAGACUGGCUUUGCAAAGAGUUUACAAUGAGAGACAAAUGAACGAACGAUGAAUAAUAACUGUAAUUGAUGUCAUUUAAGAUCAGUUCUAGCUUUACCAAGUAAGCAUUUGUCCAGAUUGUUAGGAUUUACUCAAAAUCUACAAACAUCUAUAAGCACAUUUGGUUUAUUUAAAUAGCUAGUUCUUUUUAAACGUUUAUCAAACAACAAUGCCGUAAUAUUUUUUGCGAAAUGCUGGACUAAAUAACCGAAAUGCCUUUUCUAGCAAUCUUUUCUCCGUUAGACAUUACAUGUUUGGUGAUGUUGUAACCAAAGAUCGUCAAGAAAAUGUCCUUUCUUAAUUUAACUGAAAAUUAACAUUAUUUUUUAAGUCUUUAUUCUUAAACGA